CCAGUGACAGUCCCCUCCAUGGAGGGACUGAUGUUGAUGUUCUUGCUCAGUUUGAUUGUUAACGUUUAGGGCCUCACAUCCAGUGGAGGACUGGGUAAGGGUGUAGAGGGACGCUGGGAGGGUCAGGAAGAAGUGUUUCUUUGGCGUACACUAUUUUUCACUUACAGUUUAGUCAUUAUUUUGUUUCAGAAAUACUUUAAAAAUAAAUGACAAAGCAUACAACGGAACUGUGUCACCUUCAAGUAAAGACGUCGUAUCCACUUUACAGGGUUAAUGAUACCUCAUAACUAAUCCAUGUCGUGGGACCGCGAUGUCUGACACCAAGGGCAUGCCAUAAUGAGCCGUGGGGGUGCGGGUCUGCCAUAUUAAAUCUCCCCGGAAUUUAAGGGAGAAACCUUCACACAGAUUUCCGUUGGUGACAGUGUAGCCGUUUUUCCUUCCUAUCUCAUUUUUACUCAAAAGGCCCGUUGUGCCAGUCCGGUCAUGGCCCUGUGCCCUUGAGUGACUCCUCUGUCCUCAGAAGCGGGUCCACUCAGCCGGCGGCCCUGGUCAGUUUAGGGCCUUCGGUGCUCCCUUUGGGUGGGCUCGUCCCACUCUCUCCUUUUCUCACCGUCAUCUCUCCUCUCCACCGGGUUCCACGCACGUGGACCGUGAUCGCCCGGGUGGUUCAGCAAAGACAGGGUCAUCUGACCCACGGGAAGCUCCCACAUCGGGGCUACUUACCCCUUCCAGACUCCCCGAGGGAAGCAGGUCCCUUCACGUGGCAGGAGUGCACGUGAGGACUGUUUGGCUGUGACUGAGGAUGGGACGUUUGAGGGGACUGGAGAGGAGUGAGCAGUUUUCCCCGAGAAAGAACUCAGCGGAGACUAUCCCUUCUGGCGUCUUCGGGCGUGGCCCUCCUCUGGGCACCUCUUCAGGAUUUCAUUCCUCCGUCCAACUGCCGUUCACAACUGCCCUUUCCAACGGCUCCGGAACUCUGGGCCCUGGCAUUCCGUGAUGUAACUUAUUCCACGCAUGGCUGGAAAGGGGCGUGAGGCCGUGUUGCCAGGUGUCGGAUCACUGGUUUGUCAUGGAUGAUGAUGACGACUCGUGUCUCCUUGAUCUGAUUGGAGACCCACAAGCACUGAACUAUUUUCUCCACGGACCUAGUAAUAAAUCUAGCAGUGAUGACUUGACUAAUGCAGGAUAUUCUGCAGCCAAUUCAAAUUCAAUUUUCGCCAACUCUAGUAAUGCUGACCCUAAGUCAUCCCUCAAAGGUGUAAGCAAUCAGCUUGGAGAAGGGCCCAGUGAUGGACUGCCGCUUUCAAGUAGCCUUCAGUUCCUUGAAGAUGAACUUGAGUCUUCUCCUCUUCCUGAUCUCAGUGAGGACCAACCCUUCGACAUUCUUCAGAAAUCCUUGCAGGAGGCCAAUAUCACUGAACAGACGCUGGCCGAAGAGGCCUAUCUGGAUGCCAGUAUAGGUUCAAGCCAGCAGUUUGCACAAGCUCAGCUUCAUCCUUCCUCAUCAGCAUCCUUUACUCAGGCUUCUAAUGUUUCUAAUUACUCAGGUCAGACGCUGCAGCCUAUCGGGGUGACUCACGUGCCUGUUGGAACAUCGUUUGCAAGCAAUACAGUGGGGGUGCAGCAUGGCUUUAUGCAGCACGUGGGGAUCAGUGUCCCCAGCCAGCAUUUGUCCGGUAACAGUCAGGUUAGCGGUUCUGGUCAGAUACAGUUAAUUGGGUCAUUUGGUAAUCAACCUUCCAUGAUGACAAUUAAUAACCUGGAUGGUUCUCAAAUCAUAUUAAAGGGCGGUGGGCAGCAGCCCCCACCAAACGUGAGUGGAGGGCUUCUGGUUCACAGACAGACUCCUAAUGGCAACUCCUUGUUUGGAAAUUCCGGUUCCAGUCCAGUAGCACAGCCUGUCACUGUUCCUUUUAACAGCACAAAUUUUCAAACAUCCUUACCUGUGCAUAACAUCAUCAUCCAAAGGGGUCUUGCACCCAAUUCAAAUAAAGUCCCGAUUAAUAUCCAGCCAAAGCCUCUCCAGAUGGGUCAGCAAAACACAUACAAUGUGAACAACUUGGGAAUCCAGCAGCACCACGUGCAACAAGGGAUCUCGUUCGCCUCCGCGAGCUCGCCCCAGGGCUCCGUCGUCGGUCCGCACAUGUCGGUGAACAUCGUAAACCAACAGAAUGCAAGAAAGCCAGUGACCUCCCAGGCAGUCAGCAGUGCAGGAGGCAGUAUCGUCAUCCAUUCCCCCAUGGGCCAGCCUCACGCACCCCAGAGUCAGUUCCUCAUACCUACAAGCCUUUCUGUCAGUUCCAACUCCGUACACCACGUCCAGACCAUCAAUGGGCAACUUCUGCAGACUCAGCCGUCUCAGCUCAUUUCUGGCCAGGUGGCCUCGGAGCAUGUCAUGUUGAACAGGAACUCCUCCAACAUGCUCAGGACCAACCAACCGUAUUCUGGACAGAUGCUCAACACCCAGAACACCGCUGUCCAGUUAGUGUCUGGGCAGACGUUUGCCGCCUCCGGAAGCCCAGUGAUAGUCAAUCAUGCCUCUCCUCAGAUUGUGGGCGGACAGAUGCCCUUGCAGCAGGCGUCACCCACCGUGUUACACCUGUCACCCGGACAGAGCAGCGUUUCCCAAGGAAGGCCUGUCUUCACCCCCAUGUCCUCGGUGACUAGCAUGUCGGGACCCAGUCGGUUCCCUGCGGUCAGCUCCGCCAGCACUGCCCACCCCAGUCUGGGGUCUGCGGUUCAGUCUGGUGCAUCGGGAUCAAACUUUACCGGAGAGCAGCUGACCCAGCCAAACAGGACUCCAGGGCCGGGCGGUGUGUCUCAUCGUCUUCCAGUUUCUUCUUCCAAACCUACCAGCACCUUCAGUAACACAUCGGGAGCAGGAGUCCAGCAGCAGUUCUUCUGUCAGGCUCAGAAAAAAUGUUUGAGUCAGACUUCCCCCAUUUCCACUUCCAAGACGGCAGAUGGCCUGAGGCAAGCACAGACCCCUGGGCUGUCGAGCACCGCACUGCCAGUAGGACAGGAUUCUGGAAGCAAAGUUCUAUCGGCAUCCUUAGGAACCGCACAGCCACAGCAGGAAAAAGUAGUUGGAUCAUCUCCCAGCCAGGCAGCCGUGCAGGUGGAUAGUCAUUCGGGAGGACAGAAAAGGCCUGCUACAAAACAGCUAACUAAAGGAGCUUUCAUUCUCCAGCAGUUGCAGAGGGACCAAGCCCACACUGUGACACCUGACAAGAGUCAGUUCCGAUCGCUGAAUGAUGCGGUGCAGAGGCUGCUCUCCUACCACGUGUGCCAGGGCUCUGUGCCCACCGAGGACGACUUGAGGAAAGUGGACAAUGAGUUUGAAACAGUUGCCACUCAGCUCCUAAAAAGGACUCAAGCUAUGCUUAACAAAUACAGAUUCCUGCUCCUGGAAGACGCCAUGCGGAUCGAUCCGUCUGCUGAGAUGGUGAUGAUCGAUAGAAUGUUCAAUCAGGAGGAACGAGCUUCCUUGUCCCGGGACAAGCGUCUGGCACUCGUAGACCCUGAGGGUUUUCAGGCUGAUUUCUGUUGUUCCGUCAAAUUUGAUAAAGCCGCCCCUGAGCCCCAGUUUGGCAGGAAUGACCAGCCUGGCAGUAAAACAACCAGCUCUCCACACCUGACAGCCAAGGCCCAAAGCAGAGACCGAGCCAAGCCAGGCCUGGCAGAACCAACGGAUCACGACCCGUUUCAUCUAGUGCCUAAUCACAUCGUGGUCUCUGCAGAAGGAAACAUUUCUAAAAAAGCGGAAUGUCCCGGCAGAGCACUCAAAUUUGACAAAGCGGGUUUAGCUCAAUACCGGAGUGCACCUGAAGAGAAAACCGCCCGGAGAGACCCCCCGAAGGCCAGCGAGUGCUCCCCCGGCCCGGAGGGCCACCGGAAGACCUCGUCCAGACCAGAUCCAGGCACUGAGAGCAAAGUCUCGGGUGUCCUGGCAGACCCUCACUUGGAGAUGCCGUGUAACAAUUCCUUCCAGGACAGAGCUCUGCGGAAUUCUCCAAAGAAUGAAGUUUUACACACAGACAUCAUGAAAGGGUCAGGUGAGCCCCAGCCAGACCUGCAGCUCACGAAGAGUUUAGAAACAACGUUCAAGAACAUCUUGGAACUCAAAAAGGCAGGGCGGCAGUCCCAGAGUGACCCUGCGGGUAGCGGCUCCGUUGAGUUAGAUUUCCCCAACUUUUCUCCCAUGGCUUCGCAGGAGAACUGCCUGGAGAAGUUCAUCCCGGACCACAGCGAAGGCGUGGUAGAAACUGACUCCAUUUUAGAAGCAGCUGUAAAUAGUAUCCUAGAGUGUUAAUAGCAGCAGCCCUUCCCCACUCCGCCCCGAGACCCCGCCCCGGACAAGUUACAGUCGUUCCUGGCAAAAGCAAAUGGAAAUGGUCUCCCAUCUCCAGCCUGCUUGAUCGUCCAUCACAGGUUAAUUCUUUCUAAUCUCAAUCCUGUCCUUGGUUUAAGAGCAAUACUUGUCGUGGUUACAGGGAGAUCCUUUAGGAAAAUUAAUCCUUGUUAGAAAGCAGUCUGAUAGGCCCUACACAUUUCAAGUGUAAUGAAAGUACUUUUAGUCUUUUUUUUUUUUUCCUUUUUUUCCAAAAAUGCGGUAACUCAAUGAGACCACAGUACAUUGGCCCUGGGUAAAAAUUUUGACAAUCAGAAGUCAGUUGAAAAAGAACACUUAUUAAAAUCCAACAAGACCGAUAGCAACUACUUUUUAAAGCAUAUCCCAUUACAUCUCCAAAUUUAGGUUGGUGGGGUUUUAUGGUUUGGUUUGGUUUGGUUUGGUUUUUAGUUACAUCCUUUUUUGGGUUUUUGUUGUUGGUGUCAGGAGGAGACCACAUGGUCCUUCUCCCCUCAGCCGUCUCUGACCAGUUGCUGGCGUCUCCACCAGUAGCAGAUGAGCAGGGCAUUUGCAGGGCUUCCCUGUUGAUCCUUCAAGUGCUUUUCUGAUGCUCUUAGAGCAAAACCUCAUGUUUCUCAGCAUAUCCAUGUUGAAUUCAUCUAGGGAACGCUCUGUCGUUAUUGCAACCGCAUGACUUGAAAUAAUGUCACCAGGCUAAAUAAAGGAAAAUGGAAACCAGUUAAGUGGCACAGUGUACAGGGGAGGCCGGGAUAGAGCCAUGAGGAUUAUAAUAUGUAUAUAUGUACAAGCAUAUAUAUGCUAACUAUGGGGGAAGACACAAGAGUUUUCAUUUUAUAAUUGGAUAUAGUCAACAUGUAUGCUUCUGUUCAUUGCUGGGUUUUGCUUCAUUUCACCUCUCUUUGCACCCUCUGCCACAAAAAGCCAAGCGUGGAAAGCACUUUCAUUUGAAAACUAUGUUGUAACGUUCCAGUUUCAACGUUACGGGGACUCUGGCCUUGUUUAUGCUUCUCGUUG